UGCGGCCUAGGCUGGGCCUAGCGGGUAGGCCGCGUUGCCAUGGUUUCCGCGGCCUUUCCUCGGGCUCGCGUAAUCCCCUCCCCACCUCGCGCCGCCGAGCCCGCAUGGAGGGAGCCCGGCCGGAGCAAGUGCAUGUAGAAGACAUAAGGCAGCAGCUCAAGGAAGGAGGGGUGGACCCGACAGCUCCCGUGGACGACCAGCUCUGUUAUGUGUGGAGCUUGUUCCUGCGCGGUCAAGAGGAUUUACGUUCGGCUGCCAGCGAGUUAGAGAAACUCAGGCAACAGCAAGCGGAAGAAAUGAGAGAGGUGGAAAAUUACGUGGGCCACGUCCGGACCUUGACGGAGGCGCGGGAUGUUCUGGCGACGGAAUAUGAGAGAGAAAAUGAGCAGCUCAGGAUGGAGUUCACACAACUGCAGUUGGAGCACGAAUCCCAGCGGAAGGAGGUGGAAGAAAUGCUGGAGCAGGAAGGCUUGUUAGAUAUCGCUCACAGCAGCCCCAGCGAACAGGUGGCUUAUCUACUAGUUGAACGGAGCGCUCUGCUGGAGAAAAUAGAGGCGCUGGAGCAAAAGCUAGACGCCCCCGGCUGUUUGGAAAACCUUUGUGCUGCUCAGCUUCAGGUUGAAUUGGAUCAAAUCCACCAGACACUGGAAAACGAGCUUCAAGGGCAACGGGAAGCCAUGCAGCGUACCAAAGAGACAAUGAAUAAAGUAAAAAAAAAAGAAAAAUAG